AUGGACGAAUGCGGAAUUCGUGGUCCCACAAAUAAGUGGUUCAAACAGUUUCUGACCAAUAGAAGGAUACGCACGAGCGUCGCGGGAGUGACCGGGGAAGCAGCGGUCGUGGAGCUCGGGGUGCCGACCGGCUCGGUGUAUGGUCCCGUGGGAUAUGCGAUGCACGUCAAUAGUGUAUCCAAUGUGCACCCAGUGGGUUCUACCGGCUUGUCACCAUUGCGACUGGCGAUUACGAUUGGCGACGCGGAAGAGUUAAGACAGGAUGUUGCCGUUAUUCUAAGGAAAGCCAAACUUCCAAAGAGUAAUACCACUGCGGAGGAGCGAUCAGCCCUUAGGGAUCUAAAGGAAAAUGAGGACAUCCUGGUUCUUAAGGCUGACAAGGGAAACGCCACUGUAGUGAUGGACUCAACGGAUUAUGACAGCAAAAUACGGCACUUACUGGAUGACAGUCUCGUAUACAAGCCUGUUUCGUACAACCCUACGGCUAGGGUCUCUCGUCGCAUUAGGGCUGUCAUCAAAGACAACAGGGAGUUGUUCGAAGAAGACGUGUUCGAUCGGUUGUACAAACCCAAGAUCGUACUGCCACCUAAACUGUACGGAUUGCCAAAAGUACAUAAAAGGAAUGUGCCUUUGCGGCCUAUCGUGAGUCAAAUCUCUUCUCCCACUUACGAUCUUGCAAAGCAUGUUGCGUCGGUGUUGCAGCCGCUUGUGGGUAGUACGUCGUCUUUUGUGAAGGACUCUCGUCACUUUAUAGAUAUUCUCAAGGGAAUAACGCUGGAACCAGAUGAGGUAAUGGUGAGCUUUGACGUUGAGUCGCUCUUCACCAAUGUUCCCGUUAAAGAAUGUCUAGAAGUAGUCAGAAGGAAACUGAGCGAUGAGGGUAUAUCGGAGUCAGUAAUGGUGUUGCUGAGGAACUGCUUGGAAGGAAGCUACUUUUUGUAUUGUGGAAAGCAUUACCUCCAGAUUGAUGGGGUAGCCAUGGGUAGCCCUGUAGCACCGGUUUUGGCAAAUAUCUGGAUGGAGCAUAUCGAAGCCAGUAUAAACUUGCAGCCUUGGGCGGUGAAGUUGUGGAAGCGCUAUGUGGAUGAUGUUUUCUGUAUUAUGAAGGGUUCCCACCCUUCAUAA